UCCGGGCAAGAUAAGGUUGAAUGAGAGUCUUUCAUUGGUCGGAAAGACAAGAGAUUCCACCACUGUCAUCACUUAUGAAUGGGAAAUGAAAAACUUCUCAACGCAAUUCAAUCCUCAAAGCCCAGAAGUAGAAAACCCAAACAUACAAGAAGAAAAGGCAGAACAACACAUAGAAGAAGAAAGAGCUAGGUGCGACUGGGAAUUCAAUCUCUCCACUGUUGUUACCUCGAGCUCCACCGGAGCCAGCACUGACACCAUCGGCGUCAUAGAGUUCGACCCCUCUGAUAACCUCGUGGCCACUGGAGGAAUCGCUCGGAAAAUUAGAGUUUAUAGUGUAAAAUCCUUGUUGCCCGGCGAAAAUCAUAGCCAUGGUGAGCACAACGUUAAAUUGUUACAACACAAUAAUGCAUGUGACUACUAUAUAUGGACCCCGGCUAAGCUCAGUAGCCUAAGGUGGAAACCGGGCUCCUCCGGCCGAGUACUCGGCUCCGGCGACUACGAUGGGGUGGUCACCGAGUACGACCUCGACCGGAAAAUCCCCAUUUUCGAGCGAGACGAGCACGGUGGACGUCGAAUAUGGAGCGUGGACUACUCACAUUGGAAUCCGUUUGUGGGUGCGUCGGGGUCUGACGAUGGCACCAUACAAAUGUGGGAUCCACGUUGCGAAGGAACAACGAAUGUAGCGAAAGUACGACCCAGUGCGGGCGGGGGCGCCGUGUGUUGUGUGGAGUUCAACCCCUUCGGCGGUCCAUUGGUCGCCGUCGGGUGUGCGGACCGAAGAGCCUACGGCUAUGACGUGAGGAAGAUGGUCGACCCGGUACUAAUAUUCGACGGACACCAAAAACCGGUGACCUACGUGCGGUUCCUGGAUGAGCAUAUGAUGGUAACGUCAGGGACGGAUGGGUGCUUGAGGCUUUGGAGUAUGCAUGAUGCCCGAAUGAUUCGGGUGUACAUGGGGCAUAUGAAUACUCGGAACUUUGUUGGGUUGUCAGUAUGGAGGACAGGCGGGUUACUGGGAUGCGGGUCGGAAAAUAACCAUGUAUUCGUGUAUGACAAGAGGUGGAGUGAGCCCAUAUGGGUGCAUGAAUUCGGGGGAGGGAGUAGAGAUGGGUGUGACCCGAAAUUUGUGAGCAGCGUGUGUUGGAGGCAAGUGGGUAAGGAUGUGUGCACCCUUGUGGCUGGUGGGUCGGAUGGGAGUCUGCAGGUGAUUUUGGGGAAGAGGAGGGCAUUUUGAUGGUAGGACAAAUUUAGUGAAACAGGAAAUUAAAGACUAGUAUCUAUUAAAAAAAGAAAGGAGAAGAGAGAAAUAGAUGAUGAUUUGUUUAGUUGUUCGUGUCUUUUUUCUUUGAUGUUAACUAAUGACUACUUGUUCCAUGUUUAAAAAUACAAUGAAGAAAACAUUGGGAAGUUGGUAAUUCCUUCUAUGAAAAAAAAAAA